AUGGAGGAAGUCGGACAGCAGGUUGGAUUGAGUUUGCUCUCGUUUGUCGGAACAGCUCUCACUGGAGUUGCUAUGCGAAGACUCUUCAGUCGCCCGAUGUUGACUGCCAAGUCCGACGACCAACAGCAUGUGAGGAGCGAAGAGCUGCAGGAGAACCGUGACGUUCAAGUGAGCGAUGCACAGCCGCGGGAGGUGGUUGAAGCAGAAGACAAGCAUGCCGACGUCCCUCCUGCUGCAGCAAACCAUGAGAAGGAGCACGAAACGAGAGCGAAGGAAGCAAUCCAGCAGGAACAGGACCAUAAUCCAUCCGAGACAGCCGUGACGCGCAAGUCCCUCAGGAGGACGAGGCGAGCUGAGCUCGAAGACAAGGAGGCCAUCAAGAUGCUCAUUGAGUCAGUGGAUCUAGAGGAGGAGGAGAAAGUCAGUCAGACUCCGAGAGCUUCCAAGCGGGUGAAGUCAACGAGGAGGAAGGCCAAGGAGUCCGAGAAGAGAGCAGCGACGCCGGAUGGCACAGACGAUCAGCCGCUCGAGGAGGAGCAGGAGGAGCAGGAACAAGCUCCGAGAAGCUGCCAGCUGCUCGACCGGUCGCUCGACGGGCUCACGAAGGAGAAGCAUCGCCUCGCCCUCCUCGCCUGCUCCACCGUCACCGUCAAGACUCUUCGCAACGUCCUGUGUGGUCGCCUGCUGACGCCCAUGGGCGAGAGCCGGGAGGAGCUGGUGGAAGAAUACCUGUCGUCGAUGCAUCCCGACAAGGAGGCAGCGGACUCGAAGAAGCGAAAGUCUCGACCCGUGGCCUCCGACAGCCAAGAGGAGCUCGUGGCCCCACGCAGUGCGAGGAAGCGAAGACUUGCUGCCUCCUCUCCUCACAGCGUCCGCGCCAGGACCCCCAGCAAGACCCCAGCAAAGACUCCGAGGGAGAAGAAGGCGAAGGUCAGCCCACCCGCGACGAGGCUGACGGAGGGUGAGGAGGUCGAGCUGGACAAGUGCAGGUUCCGAAUCGACGAAGAGCUGGCGACCGGUGCGGAUUCGAUCGUGUACAGGGGCACGUGCGUGGGAGGAAGACACGAGGGUCGAGCAGUGGCAAUCAAGAUGCAGCCGAGGCAGAGGAAGACCAUCUUUCAAAUCACCACAGAGCAUCACGUGCUCACCAAGCUCAAGCAGAAACGAAUCGCCUCCCUUCACAUCCAAGAGCCGCUGGCCUAUGGCUGCCAUGAGGACCGGUGCUACAUCCUCGUCACGGGCAUGCUGGGCCCCAACAUGCUCUCGCUGCUCCCCGCGUCGAAGAGAAUGCCGGCGAGGCAGGUGCUGCUGCUGGCCUACCAGGGGCUGGGGCUGCUGGAGGAGCUGCAUGCGGCCAUGUACGUGCACCGAGACAUCAAGCUUCACCUCAUCGACUUCGGUACAGCUGAGGCGCUGGUGGACCUCGCGGGGAGGCGAAGGUUGCAGGCACAGGCAGCGGAAGGGACUCCGGCCUACAUGGCGACGACGGUGCACAAGAAGGAGCCGCUGAGCAAGCGAGACGACGUGGAGGCACUGCUGUGGACGCUGCUGCGGCUGUACCUGGGGGAGCUGCCGUGGGAAAGGCUGGGAGGGAAGCAGCAGGGGGAGGUGCUGCGGAUGAAGAGCAAGUGCCUUGAGGACGUGGGGGCUGGCGGAGGGCUGGAGGGGAACAUGCGAGAGUUCUUCGAGAAGCUGGCGGAGAUGAUCGCAGAGCUGAAGGGGCCGGAGGGUGAGCCAGACUACAACAAGAUGAAGAAGCUGGCGGCAAGGACCUGGAGCAAGGAAAUGCCCAAGAAAGGGCCAAGCAUCGACAAGGCCAGCUGGAUAUGA